AUGGGCGAAAUUAGCCAGGGGGUGUACGUCACUCCGGCCCUGAACGCAGCGGCAUGCUCGCUGCUGUCAUCCUACACGCUUAUCAGCAUACUGGACCACGAGCGGUGGAUGAAGGAAUGGGGAGACGAACACGAGGCGGUAGCAGUGAUGCACCUCCGCACCCCGAUUCUCUCGGCGGCUGUCGCGAUGGGAAUUGGUGGUAUCACUACGGUCCAUCAGGUGGCCCUCUCUUCGCUACGUCUGGACGGCGAGAUCGAGCUCGGAGGGAACGUGCUGUGCACGUGCCUCGCUGCCGUCACGGGUAUCACCACCAUGUUCGCGAUGCUGUACGUCGCGAGAAAGGAUACCUUUGGCGGGGUUGACAGGGUGGAGCGGCUAAAAGAGGUUAUCCUCAAGCGGCACACGAUAGCCGAGCUCAAACUAAAGAAAGGCUUGGGAAAGAAGGCGGCAUACUUGGGGCAGCUGCAGCAUAUUGUGGCUGCAGGAACGAUACUGGCGAUGGGAAUUCUCGGGUGCUGGGCAUUGAACGUUCUUGGCCUUACCGGAGAAUUCAUGGUAGUCUGGAGAACGUCGGGCAUCGUGGUGCUGGCGUUCUACUUGCUGGUAACUAGCAUCGUUUCGUGCUGGCUGCUCUUCCGAGUGCUCGUCUGGAAGCCUUCGUAUGAGUACCUUCGCCCGCUGUGCUCGGUGGUCUUCGCCAUCUCUUUGUGGUCGGCGGACUUAUUACAACGAGGUUCGAUCGAUUGCCACGUCUGCGUUCAAGCAGUCGGGAAAACUAUCGCCAUCACCUUCGAGUACACGGGGGACGGCCUUGGGCGAGUUGGCCUGGGGUGGUCUGUAGGGGCGUCCAGAGACGGCGGGGAGUGGCUGAUGAUAAUGAUGGCCUUCGGUGCGGUGAUGACGCAGUAUGCCAUCGCUCUGGAGCUCCGCCUGGCAUACUGUGGCCUGCAGGAUACCAACCUAGAUCUGCAGUUGCUCGCGGGCACAGGCGCUCCCGAGGAGCACAUCCGAAAGACCUCCGCCAUCAAAAACAACACUAGCAAGCGCCGGCACACGGGGCAGGGGGGGCGGACGGGGAACACCGGGUCUCGCAGCCCCCCCGCCCGAUCUCGUCGGAGAUCUGUCGUGGUCCACGCUUCAGCUGCGGCGUCCUUUGCGUCGCCGACCAUGAACCUGACGAGAACCUUUUCUCCCGGCAGUACCGGUGGCGGCGAUGGGUUGGCGAAGCACCCUGCUCACUUAUCAGCGUCUGCCGGCGUCGUCAGCGCCUUGCUCAGGAUGGGGCAGAAGUCAAUCGGGCUGCCCACGAAGAGUAGCCAGUCGCGCAGCAUUCGGGUCCAGCCGGCGAUGGACUGCAGCAAGGUCCUCGUGUACGAACCGAGCGUCGCCGAGGAUCCGGAAGAAGACAACAACCACCCCCACCCGCUUCUACCGAGUCUGCGACACCCCACCCACAAACCACCGCCGGUGGAGUCGCCACCCAGGCAGGCUUCCGCCUCUUCUGUCGAGGGAGGGCGGUGGGCCCGACGCCCCACGAGCGACGGGAGGGGGAGUCCUCCGCCGGUAGCGGUGGACUACUCCUCGUGCUCUGCGUUGUGA